AUGAAAAAUGAGUAUUUGAAUUGUACUCAGUUUUAACUUUCUAAUGAUUCAUACAAUCCUAAUUAUAGCAGACUUUUAACUGCUGAUUCACUCGAUCUAAUCUGUUAGGAUUUUCACAUAUUCUAAAAGCUAUAUAUAUGCAUGUUCAUGUUGUCUGCUUUGAUUUUCUGCGUCUCUGCAACAACUGUUUCGUAUGAUGGAAGAGCUAUCACCAUUGAUGGCCAACGUCGAGUUUUGCUUUCUGGUUCUAUUCACUAUCCUCGUAGCACUGCCGAGAUGUGGCCGGAUUUGAUAAAAAAAGCAAAGGAAGGAGGAUUGAAUUCAAUUGAAACUUAUGUGUUUUGGAAUUUGCAUGAACCUGUCAGACGCCAGUAUGAUUUUACUGGUAAUAACGAUCUGGUCAGGUUCAUCAAGACCGUCCAAGAUGCAGGACUUUAUGCAGUUCUUCGAAUUGGUCCUUAUGUUUGUGCUGAGUGGAACUAUGGAGGAUUUCCUGUUUGGUUGCACAACCUGCCUGGAAUUGAGCUGAGGACUGCCAACUCUGUGUUUAUGAACGAGAUGCAAAAUUUUACAACCUUGAUUGUGAAUAUGAUGAAGAAUGAGAAGCUUUUUGCAAGCCAAGGAGGUCCUAUCAUUAUUACUCAGAUUGAGAAUGAAUUUGGGAAUGUCAUAUCCUCUUAUGGAGACGCUGGAAAAGCAUAUAUUGACUGGUGUGCAAAUAUGGCUGAAUCCCUUAACGUUGGUGUCCCAUGGAUUAUGUGUCAAGAAACCGAUGCCCCACAACCAAUGAUUAACACAUGCAAUGGUUGGUACUGUGACCAAUUCACCCCGAACAAUCCCAACAGUCCUAAGAUGUGGACCGAGAACUGGACCGGCUGGUUUAAGAGCUGGGGUAGCAAAGACCCUCACAGGACUGCUGAAGAUGUUGCUUAUGCAGUUGCACGGUUUUUCCAGACUGGAGGCACUUUUCAGAAUUACUACAUGUAUCAUGGUGGGACUAAUUUCGGUCGAACAGCGGGUGGUCCAUAUAUUACCACCACCUAUGAUUAUGAUGCUCCUCUUGAUGAAUAUGGUAAUUUGAAUCAACCAAAAUGGGGGCAUUUGAAACAACUUCACGAGGUGUUGAAAUCCAUUGAGUUUACUCUUACACAUGGAGAUGUUAACAACACAGACUUUGGCAACUCUGUUACGGCCACUGUUUAUGCAACAAAUCAAUCAUCGAGCUGCUUUUUGAGCAACACAAACCAAACAACAGAUGCUACAAUCAAAUUCCAAGGGAAUCAAUACACAGUGCCUGCUUGGUCUGUCAGCCUUCUUCCUGACUGCAAAACCGAAGUAUAUAACUCUGCGAAGGUGAACACUCAAACAUCUGUUAUGGAAAAGAAACCAAAUAAGGCCGAAAAUGAACCUGUUGCUCUUAGCUGGGUAUGGAAGCCUGAGAAUAUUGAUGCCACCGCUGUUCAUGGGAAAGGACAUGUGUCUGUAAAUAAAAUUAUUGAUCAAAAAGUAGUGAAUGAUGCCAGUGAUUACCUCUGGUACAUGACAAGUCUAGAACUCAAGGAGGAUGAUCCAAUUUGGAGUGAUAAUAUGACUAUCCGGGUUAAUGCCACUGGUCAAGUUCUCCAUGCCUAUGUUAAUGGAAAAUAUCUUGGUUCUCAAUGGGCUAAAUAUGGCGUUGCCAACUAUGUGUAUGAACAAAGUGUGAAGCUUAACCCUGGCAACAAUCUGAUUUCAUUGCUCAGUGCUACUGUUGGAUUCCAGAACUAUGGUCCCCAUUUUGAUAUGGUACAAAAUGGAAUAGCCGACCAGGUAGCAAUUGUUGGAACGAAAGGUGAUGAGCAAAUCAUCAAAGAUUUGUCUGCACACAAAUGGACGUACAAGGUUGGGUUGAGGGGUAUUGAACAUAAAUUCUACAGCUUGGAUUCCAAGUUUGCUACAAAAUGGGUUGCAAAUGACUUGCCCACGAACAGAAUGAUGACAUGGUACAAGACCACUUUCAAAGCUCCUCUGGGUACUGAUCCAGUGGUGGUUGAUCUUCAAGGUUUGGGCAAGGGUUUUGCUUGGGUCAAUGGCCAUAAUAUUGGUCGAUAUUGGCCUAGUUAUCUUGCUGAGGAUGGCUGCAGCACUGAUGCUUGUGAUUAUCGUGGUCCUUACACUGACUCAAAGUGUGUUUCAAACUGUGGUCAGCCUACUCAGAGAUGGUACCAUGUUCCACGGUCAUUCCUUCAGGAAGGUGUAAAUACAUUGGUUUUGUUUGAAGAGCUUGGUGGGAAUCCAUCGCUUGUGAAUUUCCAAACAGUGAGACCAGGAAUAGUAUGCGCAAAUGCUUAUGAGAACAAGACAGUGGAACUGUCAUGCCAAGGCCACCCAAUUUCAGCCAUCAAUUUUGCUAGUUUUGGUACCCCAGACGGCGCAUGUGGAUCUUUCCAGAAAGGCAGCUGUGAGAGUUCAAAGGACGUUCUUUCUAUCCUCCACACUGAAUGUGUUGGCAAAGAAUCGUGUAUCCUUGAUGUUUCAGAGGACAAAUUUGGCGCCGCUAGCUGUGGCGAUAAUGUCACCAAGAGGGUUGCCGUGGAGGCCGUUUGCUAGUUUCGGAUUAUCUCAGUUUCUUCACAUUAACUUUUAUGAUUUAAGCUUAUAAUACUAUUCAUUUAAAUUUAAGUACUAAUGUUAGUUAAGCAAUGUUUAUUAUUAUUAAUUUUUUCUUAGGAGAUCAGUUUUGUUAAUUAUGACGUUGGGAAUAGCAUUGGAAUCGGAUUAGUGUUUUUUUUUUUUUUGAUGAAUGAAUUGGAGUAGUAGUUUGGUAAUAAAGGAUGAGUUCUGUUAACUUUUUGGA